AAACAUUUCUACGACUGGUGCGAAGUUUUUGUUUUCUCCUCAGCCUCUCUCUCUCUCUCUCUAUCUCUCUCAAAAGGGGCAGGCGAAGCAUCUAUUAGAGUGAGAGAAACAGAGCCUUUAUUCUCUUUCUCGUAUCUUCUAUAUCAACUUCAAUAUUGCCCGUUCUUUAUUGUAGCUAUUAGGGUUUCUCACUCUCAAUCGAAGAAGAUGAUCGACUUUUCUCGCGUUCAAAAAGAACUACAAGAAUGCAGCAGAGAUAUAGAGGCCUCUGGUAUCAAAGUCACCCCUAAGUCUGACAAUCUUGCCCGUCUAAUCGGCACCAUUCCUGGGCCUAUCGGAACUCCUUACGAAGGUGGCACUUUCCAAAUUGAUAUCUCGCUGCCUGAUGGAUAUCCUUUCGAGCCUCCCAAAAUGCAGUUCGCAACAAAAGUCUGGCAUCCUAAUAUUAGCAGUCAAAGUGGGGCAAUUUGCCUAGACAUCUUGAAAGAUCAAUGGAGCCCGGCGCUCACUCUAAAAACAGCACUGCUUUCUGUUCAAGCAUUACUUUCUGCUCCUCAACCUGAUGACCCUCAAGAUGCUGUAGUCGCACAACAGUAUCUUAAAGACUAUCAGACUUUUGUUGGCACUGCCCGCUACUGGACAGAAUCAUUUGCUAAGGCCUCAUCUCUUGGAGUUGAGGAAAAGGUGCAGAAACUUGUCGAGAUGGGCUUUCCUGAAGCUCAAGUCAGGAGUACGCUGGAAGCUGUGGGGGGUGAUGAAAACUUGGCACUUGAAAAGCUUUGUUCUGGCUGAGAAAAAGAAUUUGAUGAUACUGAUGCUGAUCGAUUUAUCAAGAUACAAAAGGUCUAUAUGAAUAUAGGGUUUCCUUAUCCAAGUCCAUUUCUUUUUAGCAAUUAUGCAUAUGGAUGGAGUUGCUGAAACUAAAACCAUGUUGGCAGUACCGCUGGAACUCUGAGAAAUUAGUUUUAUGUUCUAACGUAGCUCAAAUAUUAAUUUCCACUUUUCAUCCAUUAAAAAUUGAAAUUGUUAUCUGGUCGUUUUAAGUGAUGGAGAUGACACUGAUACAAUAUUCAUUAAUGUAAAAUAUUCAUUGUGCCA